AUGGCAUCUGAUGGCUCAAUGUCUUCCCUUAAUUCGGACUCGUCUUGGACUGCCAAGCAGAACAAGACGUUCGAGAUUGCACUAGCUCUUUUCUCCAAGGAUACCCCCGACCGCUGGGACAAUAUUGCCAGGAUCGUCGGGAAUAAGACACCUGAAGAGGUCAAGAGGCACUAUGACCUUCUUCUAGAAGAUGUCAAGCUAAUAGAGUCCGGCGAAGUUCCUUUCCCGGAUUACAGAACUUCUGGUGGGAGUGGGAAUGGUCAUGGCAAAGAGGAUGAUGAACCUGAAGCUCCACUGAAUGAUCAGCACAAGGAGAAGUCUCAUGAAGCGGUGUUAUAG